AUUAUGUCUCGUCUUGUGGUGCUGUUGUUUACAUGCAGCUUCUUAUGUCUUUCUAAAUGUCACAUUCCAGCGUCGAAAAAUUAUAAUGGGAUCGUACCUUAUAAAUGCUCACUCGGCAAGUGGCCGUGCGACAAUGGCGAGUGCGUAUGGGCAGGAUUCCGAUGCGAUAAUUUUAAAGACUGCAAAGAUGGUUCGGAUGAAAAAUACUGUGACAAAUUUGAUGAUUUCGUGAUUCACAAACGAUCUUUUCGUUUUAAAUGCGAAAAAAAUCAAUACAAAUGCAAAAACAAUAAAGAGUGCAUACCAAAAGCAAAAUUCUGCGAUGUAGUGAAGGAUUGCCUGGAUGGAAGUGAUGAGUACGAUAAUUGCGUGCGUGACUUGAAUUGCACCGACAGGUUCCGGUGUAACGACCAACAUUGCGUACUUCAAGAAUUUGUUUGCGACGGCAGCAAGGAUUGCCCCGAUGGCAGCGACGAAUGGAAUUGCAGCGCAAAUAAAACAUCAUCCGCGAGCGACUGUAAAACUGAGAAGUCCCAAUACUUGUGUGGAAAUCAACGAUGCAUAGCUCUUAACGCAGUAUGCAAUAAAAAGGACGACUGUGGCGAUGGGUCAGAUGAAGGUGCUGGUUGUACAUCAUCUAAUUGCACAUCAGCAAAAUGCAACCACGAAUGCCAGGCAACUCCUAAAGGAAAUGUGUGUACCUGUAAACCGGGUUAUACAUUACAAAAUAAUAAUCGCACUUGCAAAGACAUCGACGAGUGUCAAAUUUAUGGCAUAUGCGAUCAAGAAUGCAUAAAUUCUCUAGGAUCGUAUAAAUGCCAGUGUCAAGAGGAUUACUCCCUGCUUAACGACGAGAAAACUUGCAAAGCGCGUGGUGGUGAGGCUACGCUGACGUUCUCCACAAGCACCUCGGUCAAGGGAAUGUAUGUCGACUCGAAUAUUACCUUUACAUUAGCGAGAAACUUAAAUCGUGCGGUCGCAGUUACUACAAACGACGAUGUCACAUAUUGGUCGGAUAUGGAAGAAAACAGCGAAACCAUUGUAAGAGAAAUUGGAUUUAUUCAUGCGAGUCGUCGCGAAGUCAUAGUUACAACAGGCUUGUCGACGAUAUCGGGAAUAGCCAUAGAUUGGAUCACGGAGAAUAUAUAUUUUACCGAUGAGGGUUACAAUCGUAUUGGAGUUUGCACCAACGACACGAACUGCACUGUAUUAGUCAAUGGACUUGUUAAACCAACCGGAAUCACUUUAUUAUCAACCCGUGGAAAAAUGUAUUGGAGCGAUGGCGAUUCCAAUGGACGUAUAGCAGUGGCGGGAAUGGACGGCAAAAACAUUCGCACAUUUAUCUCUGAAAAAUUAAGCUGGCCAAAAAGCCUGACUAUUGACUAUCCAAAUGAUCGAUUAUAUUGGGUGGAUUCUAAGUCAAAUAUAGUCGAAUCAAUACGCUUAGAUGGUACUGAUCGAAGAAUCGUACAGCAUGAUAUAAUUCAAGAGCCAUACGCUUUGGGGGUCUUCGAAAAUACAUUAUAUUGGAGCGAUUGGGGAUCUAAUACGAUACAGUCCUGCAAUAAAUUUUCUGGAAAGAAUUGGCGUAUCUUACAUCGAACGCAAAAUAAACCUUAUGGCAUACAUAUCGAUCACUCAGCGAUAAAACCCAAGAUUGAUAAUCCAUGUAAGUCCAACCCGUGUUCUCAAUUGUGCUUGCUGAAUCAGAAGAAAGGAUACACGUGCGCUUGUACUUUGGAUAAAGAAUUAAAUGCCGACAAUCAUACUUGUCGAGAUAGCAAGAAGAAGCAGCAUUUGUUGAUCUUUACAGACAAAGCAUUUAUAAAUUACUAUCAUGAAUGGUUGGGA